AUGGCGGGAGCUGGGAGACUUCAUCUUUUGGAUGUAUCUCCACAGCUUAUACUUCAAGACAGGACGAAAAGGUUUUACGACGGCUACAUCACAGUAUGCAAGAAGAGUUUCCGAAUUUCCAUCGAAAUUCCUGAGAACAAUUCAUUGAAAGAUGCCAGGAUUGAAUGUGGAUGGAAACUGCGGCAUUUACUAAGAGGUUGUGAAAGUGUCAUAAAACAGAGGCUAACACAGAGUGUUGAUCUACCAUCUUUCUUGCUGGAACUCAAGAGCAUUCUGGAAAAGCUUCUGGAAUGCCAAAAAUCAGAAAAAGUUGUUUCACAACCACAUGUGUACACACAUUUGGUGACAGAGUUGGAAACUAUUGGAUGGGAGAAAUUGGCAUAUGUGGAUCCAUCAUUUCAAGUGUUANGAUGA